AUGUUUCCGAGACUGAGGGCGGCGAUCAGACUUCCCAAUUUAGCGGCUCUCGCAAGGACAGAAUCUCGGCAGAUUCGAACGAAUGCCACACAAAAAGCAAAGCAAUGGAAAGAUGAUGUUUUUCAAACAAAGUAUUAUACGGACACAGAGUGGCGUAGAAAACUCCUGGACCGACAGAUGCAAACAAAGUCACAAAGGCGUCAGAACGAUCCAACAUUCCGACAAGCAGAACUAGAGUUCAAACGAGCCUGGAAUCGGAAGCGACAGAUGCUUGACUCACACUUGAAGUGGAUGAGGCUGUACCAAUGGUGCUCCCGCAACUCUUGGGUCCGUGACAAUUUACCCUGGAAGACGCACCGACCACUGCUUUAUCCCGAAAGGACCGAACACCAGUGCUCGGAUUGUAGCAUCGUUUUCAAGAAUGGGUUCAGACUAUGGUGGGUCGAAACCUCCUCGGAUGACAUCAGAUCAUACCGAUGUGGCCCGUGUCAUUCUAAGAAUGCCUUUGAGAGCAUUACGCCGGAUGGAUUUGCAGAUGCCACGACUAUGGUCCAGGUUAAGGCAAAGGCCAAAGCGCUGGGUAUUGAAACCAAGAACAAAGAGUCGCGAGAAGAGGAUACGCAAGAUCGUGCUUCUUGA